AUGGUAGCUAUUGGUGAACCUGAUACUGGUAGAGGAUGUAAUCAAAUUGGAAAUUUACUACGACCUGGAAAGACUCGCUGGAGUUCUAAUUUUGACUCAAUUUGUAACAUGAUUGAUAUGUAUAGUUCUGUGAUUACCGUAUUAGAAAAUAUGGUGUAUGAUGGGUCCUCUAACUCCAUCCGUGGUGAAGCUAGUGGUUUGCUGAUAGCGAUGAAUUCUUUUGAUUUCAUAUUCAUAUUACAUUUGAUGCAAAUGAUAAUGGGGUUAACAAAUCUGCUUUGUCGAGCAUUGCAAGAGAAAUCUUUAGAUAUUUUAAAUGCAAUGGACUAUGUUUCAACUACUAAAACUUUGCUUCAGACUUUGAGAGAAGAAGGAUUUGCUAUUCUACUUACUUAUGUGAAAGAAGUUUGUGCCAAGUAUGACAUUGAGAUACCUCAAAUGGAAGCUCGUUAUAAAUCUGCUACAGGUCGUUCUUGUCAACAAAAUGAUUCAAUCACAGUUGAGCAUCACUAUCGAUUUGAUGUAUUUACUGCUGCAAUAGAUUUUCAAGUUGAAGAGCUUAAUAGUAGAUUCAAGAAUGAGGCAGUGGAACUUCUUAAGCUUAGUUGUGCUUUGGAACCUAAAGAAAACUUUAAGCUUUUUAAUGUUGAUCACAUCUAUCGACUUGCUGAGAAAUUCUAUCCUCUUGAUUUUGAUACACAAGAUUUACACCACUUGAGAAUGCAAUUGGAGCACUAUAAGAUUGAUAUUGUUGGCCAUGAAAGAUUUCAGAAUUUAUCAACUAUUUCUGAAUUAUGUCGAAGAUUAAUUGAAACAAACAAAUCAGGAAGUUACAAUUUGAUUGACAGGUUGAUUCGUCUUGUUUUAACUCUUCCCGUCUCUACAGCAACAACGGAACGAGCAUUUUCAGCUAUGAAACUUGUUAAAACAGCUCUUCGUAACAAGAUGGAAGAAGAGUUUUUAACAGAUUCUAUGGUCAUCUAUAUUGAACGGGAGUUAGCGGAAACUAUUGAUAAUGAUAUAAUAAUUAAUGAGUUUGAUUCUAAGAAAAAUCGAAGAGCACAACUUCAAUAA